UGUCUUCCCCCGGCUAACACAGGUGAAGAAGCGAGGAUAACAUAGAACGCAAACAUGGAAAGCAAAGCGUACCGAGUCGAGGACGAGUCCCGUGAUCGAGCGAACGAGGAGAAGGAGAAGAAGAAAGUGGGCGGCAGCGGCGGCGGCAGCGAAGGAGAGAAGAAGGAGGAGGAGAUGCCGUUGAUGGCGCUGAACCACGUGUCGAGGCUGUGCCGGUCGGUGAAGGAUUCCAUAGAGUUCUACACGAAGGUGCUGGGGUUCGUGGAGAUCGAGCGGCCCCAGGCCCUCGACUUCGAAGGCGCGUGGCUCUUCAACUACGGCAUCGGCAUCCACCUGGUCCAGUCCCACGACGAGGACCGCCUCCCCUCGGAAUCUCACCCUUUGGACCCCAUGGACAAUCACAUCUCCUUUCAGUGCGAGAACAUGGGUGCGGUGGAGCAAAAGUUGCGCGACAUGAGCAUAGAGUACAAGAAGAGGACGGUGGACGACGAGGAGAGCGGGGCGUCCAUCGACCAGCUCUUCUUCACCGACCCGGACGGCUUCAUGGUUGAGAUCUGCAACUGCGAGAACCUCAAGCUCGUUCCCGCCGGCUCUAUGGGCAAGAUCAAACUCCCCUUCGACCGGCACAACCCGCCGGUUGAGUUAAACAAGGAGGAGCGCUGAUUAUGGUCAUGGUUAUGAAGACCCCUGGGAACGAUCUGUUGAGAUAGGCUGGUGUUCGAGUGCUUAGUUUUAGGCCGUGCAUGGAGAAAGUUGCGUUGUUAGGAAUGUGUCCACGUUUCUCUAUCCAAAUAUUGGAUUUUACUUGGUCGAUGGGUGACAGAUGUAACCUGUUAAUUAUCAUAUUCGGGAAAAAAAAAUGGCUGGUUUGUAAA